AAACAAUACGGUGAAAGUAGUUAAUUGCUAGGGUGUAGUUAAAACCACACUGUGAAAGUAUGGUUAAGUUUCACACAAACCGGAGUUAAAAAUCAGAGUCUCAUAACGCCGCAAAGCAGAGUCCGAUGGAGCGCCACCGUGAAAUGAAGAAUAUUCCGAUCAUUCUGAUGGGCUGCGGAGGCGUUGGGAGGCAACUCCUCCAACACAUAGUCCAUUGUCGCACCCUUCACGCUAACAUGGGAAUUCAUUUGAGAGUUGUGGGUGUAUGUGAUAGCAAAACGGUUCUGGUUACACCAGAUGUGUUAUCUACAGAGUUUGAUGAUGCCCUUUUGAUUAACAUUUGCAAGACCAAAUCAGAUAGAUUGUCCCUCGAAAAGUGUGUCAACUCUGGUAAAUGUGAAGCUUCUCCAUACUCCGAAUUCAGGAGAAAACUCACUGACAUUGCCGCUCGUCUAGGUUUUGUACUUGUUGAUUGCUCUGCAAGUUCAGAGACCAUUGAGGUUAUUACUCAAACAGUAAAAUUAGGAUGCUGCACUGUGCUUGCCAAUAAGAAACCGCUUACUGGUCCAAUGGAAGAAUUUGACCAAUUGUUUUUACAAACGCGUCGCAUUAGGCAUGAAUCAACUGUUGGUGCUGGCCUCCCCGUUAUAGCAUCAUUAAACCGUAUUAUUUCAUCCGGAGACGAAGUGACAUCAAUAGUUGGCAGCUUGAGUGGUACGUUGGGCUAUGUAAUGAGCGAGGUAGAAAAUGGAAAACCGUUCAGUGAAGUUGUUAAAGCUGCUAAAGACCUCGGCUAUACUGAACCAGAUCCUCGUGACGAUCUCAGUGGUAUGGAUGUUGCACGAAAGGGUUUGAUCCUUGCACGACUUCUCGGCCAACGUAUUGACAUGAAUACGAUAAAGAUUGAAAGCUUGUACCCUGAUAAAAUGGGGCCCGGCACGAUGACCCUCGAAGACUUUUUAGCAAAUGGCCUGCCAUUGCUGGAUAAUGACAUUAAAGAAAGAGUCAAGAAAGCUUCUUCAGAUGGGAAAGUUUUGCGCUAUGUUUGCAUCCUACAGAACUCAACGUGCGUUAUUGGAAUUCAUGAAGUCCCAAAAGAUUCAGCUUUGGGCAGGUUGAAAGGAAGCGACAAUGUGGUGGAGAUAUGCAGUCGGUGUUAUGAGCCCCCGAACCCGUUGGUGAUUCAAGGUGCAGGAGCAGGCAAUGAUACUACAGCGGCUGGUGUUCUUGCUGACAUCAUUGAUCUGCAGGAUCAGUUUCCAUUUACAAACACAGGGAAAUGAUUUGGCAGUUUGUUGAUCUCAUUUCAUGCUACUGUGUUUUAAGUUAAGAGAGUUAUUCUUGAAACAGAAUCUUUACUAUACAGAUGACAGAGACAGACCCCUUUGUUUCUUAAAUAACACUUCUCAUCUGAUAUUUUUUUCCA